AGGAGAUGAGGGAGGGGUGUGAGUGGCACCAGGAAGGCAGCAGAGGCCAAGGAGUUCAGGAGCAGCAGGGACAGCCCAGCAGAUAAGGCUCAGGGAUCUCUUCUUUUUGGGGCCGAAGCCACAGAAAAAGCACAGCCAGUUGCAUAACCCUUCUAUUUGCUCAGAUCUACAAUUUACCCUGAAGUUCCCUGUCCUGGGAGGUGACAGAGGAAGACAGCCAGCAAGGGCUGGGCAGGGCAGGGAGUCAGCAGGCGAGCGAGGGGUGUGCUGGGUCCUCAGCCUUCCUUCCAGCACUGCCGCACAGGAGGAUGGAGGUCCUCAACGAGUCGGUCCCGUUCAACUUCAGCCUCCCACCCAACUUCGGCAAGCGGCCCACCGACCGGGCGCUGAGCGUCAUCCUGGUGUUCAUGCUGUUGAUCAUCAUGCUCUCGCUAGGCUGCACCAUGGAGUUCAGCAAGAUCAAGGAGCACUUCUGGAAGCCUAAGGGGCUGGCCAUCGCCCUGGUGGCGCAGUACGGCAUCAUGCCCCUCACUGCCUUUUCACUGGGCAAGCUCUUCCGGCUGAACAACAUCGAGGCACUGGCCAUCCUGAUCUGUGGCUGCUCGCCCGGGGGUAACCUCUCCAACGUCUUCAGUCUGGCCAUGAAGGGGGACAUGAACCUCAGUAUUGUGAUGACCACCUGCUCCACCUUCUGCGGCCUGGGCAUGAUGCCCCUCCUCCUGUACAUUUACUCCAGAGGCAUCUAUGAUGGGACCCUGAAGGACAAGGUGCCCUAUGGAGGCAUUAUGAUAUCACUGGUCCUGAUUCUCAUUCCUUGCACCAUAGGCAUCAUCCUCAAUGCGAAACGGCCGCAAUAUGUACACUAUGUCACCAGGACAGGGAUGAUCCUCAUACUCCUGUGCAGUGUGGCUGUCGCAGUGCUCUCUGGCCUCAAUGUGGGCAAGAGCAUCUUGUUUGUCAUGGAGCCACACCUGCUGGCCACCUCCGCCCUGCUGCCUUUCAUCGGCUUCCUGCUGGGCUACAUUCUCUCUAUCCUUUCCUGCCUCAAUGGACGGUGCAGUCGCACUGUCAGCAUGGAGACUGGAUGCCAAAAUGUUCAACUGUGCUCCACCAUCCUCAACGUGACCUUUCCGCCUGAAGUCAUUGGACCACUUUUCUUCUUUCCUCUCCUCUACAUGAUUUUCCAGGUUGGAGAAGGUCUUCUCCUCAUUGCCAUCUUUCGGUGUUACGAGAAAAUCAAAUCUUCCAAAGAUAAGACAAAAAUGAUCUACAGAGUUGACACAUCUGAAGAAACCAUUCCAACAGCUCUGGGAAAUGGCACCCACAAAGGAGAGUGCUCCCCUCAAACAGCCUAGCCUCCCCCAGUGAUCUGGAUUCUCAUCAGAGGCAAUUCAGAAAGCAAAGGAGGCAAACUACAGACAGCAGAAAGACGAACCACCACCAGUGGUGUCUGAGUCUUCCUCUAGCAUUUCCAGCAUAAGUUAUCAGAAUCAUCAAGCCUUGUGUGGACAACGUGAGAGUCUACCCCCAAAAGCCUCACUUAUUCCCA